UCAGCGGGACCGUCGCGGCGUUUGAAACAUCUACAGCUAAGAGCGGCAUUGAUUAAAAAAAGGGUAUUUUACACAGUAAUUAGCGUCUUUACUGUAAUCUGACAUGAUCGAUAUGAUCGAGAAGGAGGACCCGGUCAUCAGCGAGGAGGAGGCGGCGCAGUACGACCGUCAGAUCCGAUUGUGGGGGCUCGAUGCUCAGAAGAGGUUGCGAGGGUCUCGUGUGCUCCUGGCAGGGUUAGGUGGUCUGGGGGCUGAAGUGGCCAAGAACUUAAUCCUGGCUGGAGUUAAAGGUCUCACUCUGCUGGAUCAUGAAAAGGUGUCGGAGGAGUCGUGUCGAGCUCAGUUCCUGGUCCCGGUGACGGCUCAGGGUCAGAACCGAGCACAGGCCUCUCUGGAGCGAGGCCAGAACCUCAACCCCAUGGUGAAGGUCCACGCAGACCAGGACAGGAUCGAAGACAAACCUGACGACUUCUUUCUGCAGUUUGAUGCGGUGUGUCUGACAGGUUGCUCCAGAGACCUGAUGGUGCGGGUCGACCAGCUCUGUUCUCAGAACAACAUCAAGGUCUUCUGUGGUGACGUGUACGGUUACUAUGGUUACAUGUUCUGCAACCUCGGACAGGAGCACAACUACGUGGAGGAGAAACCAAAACUGGUGAAACCGACUGGGAAUACUGGAGACGGUCCAGAGGCGAAGAAGGCCAAAGUCGACCCCAACGAGACCACCAUGGUGAAGAAGACGUCCAGUUUCUGCACCCUGAAGGAGGCUCUGGAGGUGGACUGGACCACAGAGAAGGCCAAAGCCGGGAUGAAGAGAACACCAGUGGACUACUUCCUGCUUCAAGUUCUGUUGAAGUUUCGUACCGAUAAAGGUCGGGACCCGGACCCCCAGGCCUUCCCAGAGGACAGUCAGCUCCUGAGGCAGAUCCGAGACGACGUCCUGGAGGCCUUGGCAGUGAGCAGCGACCUCCUGAACGACGACUUCAUCAGUUACUGCUUCUCUGAGAUGUCUCCAGUGUGCGCUGUCGUGGGAGGAGUUCUGGGUCAGGAAGUUGUCAAGGCUCUCUCCCAACGAGACGCUCCGCACCGGAACUUCUUCUUCUUCGAUGGUCGUAAAGGCAACGGCGUGGUCGACUACUUUGGACCAAAUUAAAACGAUUUUACACACAAAUUCAAGUCUUCUUUCUUUUCCUCCGUUUGUUCCGUCAGAUUAUUUAUAUCAGUUGUUGCUCCACUAGUCAUGAAAUCAGUCUGUUGUUUAAUUUUUGGGGGUAUUUUUUUGGUCUCAAGUACACAGUGACAUUUAUUUUUUACAUUUGCUAAUAAAACAUUGUUAAGUAAAA